AGCACUAUCAGCUGUAUGUUCCUGAGUCAGCUCAAGUUGGUUCAGCUGUAGGGAAAAUCAAGGCAAACGAUGCGGACACUGGUUCAAAUGCUGACAUGACCUACUCCAUCAUUAACGGUGAUGGUGUUGGGAUAUUCUCCAUCUCCACCGACAAGGAGACCAGAGAAGGGAUCCUUUCCUUAAAGAAGCCACUGAACUAUGAGAAAAAGAAGUCCUACACCCUCAACAUAGAAGGAGCAAAUACACAUCUUGAUUUCCGCUUUUCUCACUUGGGUCCUUUUAAAGAUGCCACCAUGCUGAAGAUCAUUGUUGGAGAUGUAGAUGAACCACCACUCUUUUCCAUGCCUUCCUACAUCAUGGAAGUCUAUGAAAAUGCCAAAAUUGGAACUGUUGUUGGGACAGUUUUGGCACAAGACCCCGACAGUGCUAACAGCUUAGUAAGAUAUUUCAUUGACUACAGUGCUGAAGAUGACAGAUUUUUCAAUAUCGAUGCCAAUACUGGAACUAUUAAGACUACACAGGUUCUUGACAGAGAAGAAACGCCAUGGCACAACAUCACAGUCGCUGCUUCAGAAAAUGACAACCCUGGUUUGCGGAGCCAUGUCACAGUGGGCAUUAGAGUUCUGGAUGUCAAUGACAAUCCACCCCAACUUGCCAGGGAAUAUGAUAUUGUUGUCUGUGAAAGUUCUAAGCCUGGCCAGGUUAUUCAUACCAUCAGUGCCACUGACAAAGAUGAUUUUGCCAAUGGACCAAGGUUUAACUUCUUUCUUGAUGAACACCUGUCUAUAAAUCCAAACUUCACCCUGAAGGACAAUGAAGAUAACACAGCCAGCAUUCUGACAAGGCGGAGGAGAUUUAGUCGAACUGUUCAGGAUGUGUAUUAUCUCCCCAUUAUGAUCUCUGAUGGUGGAAUCCCCUCUCUCACCAGCAGCAGCACCCUCACCAUCAGGGUUUGUGCAUGCGACAGAGAUGGGCGCGUGCGGACCUGCCAUGCGGAAGCCUUCCUGUCCUCGGCUGGUUUGAGUACAGGAGCCUUAAUCGCUAUCCUCCUGUGUGUUGUCAUCCUCCUAGCGAUUGUAGUACUUUUCAUCACCUUGAGACGCAGCAAAAAAGAGCCGCUGAUCAUUUCAGAGGAGGAUGUGCGGGAGAAUGUGGUCACCUACGACGACGAAGGCGGCGGGGAGGAAGACACGGAGGCGUUUGACAUCACAGCUCUGAGGAAUCCAUCUGCUGCUGAGGAACUCAAGUACCGGAGAGAUAUCAGACCUGAAGUGAAACUCACCCCCAGACACCAGACGUUGUCCACCCUGGAAAGUAUAGAUGUUCAGGAAUUUAUUAAACAAAGACUGGCCGAAGCAGACCUAGACCCCAGCGUCCCUCCGUAUGACUCUCUCCAGACGUACGCCUAUGAGGGUCAGAGAUCAGAAGCUGGGUCCAUCAGCUCGCUGGACUCAGCCACAACACAAUCUGACCAGGAUUAUCACUACCUGGGAGACUGGGGGCCGGAGUUUAAAAAGUUAGCUGAACUCUAUGGAGAAAUAGAAUCUGAAAGAACAACUUAGGGAGUGGAUUCUGGAAACACUGUAGAAUUUGCUUCCUGAGCAAGUGGAGAUAUAACCUCAGCCAUGAAUGACAAGGAAGAAGCUGGAAACAGUACUUGGAACUGAGCAAGGUGUACACAGCCACUGUAGAAACAAGUGCCCUUUUCAUGAUCGAAACUGGGUUAUUUAAUUGGAAGAAAGUCAAAUAAAAACAAAAAAAAACAAAAAACAAACCCACCCACCUGCAAAGAAAAAGCUAUUGUUCCUUGUGUAUAUUUUCAAUUGCUCAAUAAAGUCUGUGGUACUGUUUAAUUAAGAAUACCUGAAUUAAGCCAAACAAUGAUAUUUGUUUCAAUAGUUUGUGAUUUUUUUUUCACAAGCAAAACUAAAUAGAAAGAUUCAAAAUCACAUAUGACUCUGAUUUCUAGGGGUGGUACGCUGCAGAUGGAAACUUGCGAAGGUAAUCAUGACCUCUUUUUCCAUGUUUCUGGGUAGACUCUUGAGACCCACACUCUUAUUGUGACAGCUCUCAUUAGCUUUGCCUUGUGUUUAAGUGACAUGAGGUAUAGCCAAUAGACUAGGCCACUCUGUCACAGACUCGUAGGUACCACUUUCCUUUGCCCUCCCCACUAUUUUUCUCCAUACAAAACUGAUGGAGCUUGGGGGUUUGCUGCUUGCACUACAAUGUAUGCAACUUCUGUGCAGUAACCAUGCACUGCUCCAAAGCACAGGGACCACUGUCUCUGUCCCGCCUGCUCCCCGGAAAACCCCCUUUAUUUUAAUGACUUCAAUCAAUGAUUUAAAGGUAUACUCCAGUAAUCUGAUCUGUCAGGGAAAGAUUUAACCUAAAAAAUAGCUGCAAACUUCAUCCUGUACAAGAUAUUGGGGAAUUCUUUUUUUUCUUUUUCCCCAGUGGCUUUAAGUAUGUUUAAAUCAUCAGGUUUGAUCAUUCCUAUAACUAAAAUUACUUGUCAAAAAUUUUCUGAUUGGCUUAUACUUCAAUUUCCUUAUUUAUGACAUGACAGUCAUCGAAAAUAUGAACCUCACAAGAUAAGAAUGUAGUAUGAAAAGAGUAUCCUCCAAAUCUACACAAACUUCCUAGACUUAUGAUUGACUUACUUUUUUAUUCCAUACACAGGUUCAGACUUUCCCCAUCAAAUGGACUGAUCAGCUCUUAUUUGCUUGGAAUAUACAGAAAAAUGUGUAGGACUAGAAGCAACAAAAUAGGAGAUUCACACUUACUAUUGUUGGACACAUCCCCAAAGUCCCUGAGCUUCAGGGUUCCAAACUAUAAAAUAGAAAUGGCAGACUCCCCUGCCUACCUCACCGGCUUGUGUGAGGAUCAGUAAACAUCUGUAAAAAUGCUUUGCUAACUGUAAAGGCUUGCAGAUACCAUCUACUUUUCUAAUUCCAUUAGCUUAUAAAUAUAUAUUUACAUACAUUCUGAAUAAAAUAUCAUGGGAUGAUUUCAUAAAACUUUCAACAGUGAAGCAACUGCUAGCUAACUACACGUCCUAUACGCAAGUUUAGUUAUUUUAAUAUUUUCCUAAAUAAGCAAAUUUUCUUAGAACUUCGUAGAGUUAUUCCCCCAAAUUGUUUCAAUAAUCUUUUGCUGUUGUUGCUAUUGGUCUUGAAAUAAGAAUUCAUAGCAUUCAUGGUCCUGUUCUCGAAAAAUAACUACAUUCAUGUAUUAAUUAAAAUCCACAGUUAAGAAUUAUUUAAGGGGGAGUUUUGCCUUUGCUCUUUAAAUUUAUCAUAAGCUAGUGUCCUCAAAAAUUAUAUGACUUUUUCUGUCUGAUUCUACUUAUGUGCAAAUUUUUGAAUUUUUGCCUGUGUUUGCAACUGCCCCAAAUACUUCCAUUUUGAGGUAUGGGAAGUAAGUUUAAUUUGAAUAAUUCUCCAUUUGUGUUUUAAGCCUGAGGAAUAAAAUGUAAUUUAAUUUUUUACAACA